CCUCACCCUCCAAUUGGCACACGUCCAAUUCAUGAUCAUUGCAUCUAUGUCGCACGUUUGGGCGCCGCGAAUUCGGUAGUCGUGACAAUAGAGCUUUGACCUUCGAGCUGCUCUUCUGGGAAAAUGUUGGGCCAGACACGAUCAACGUCAUUCUCCUUUGGGCAAGGGCCGGCCAAGCAGCCCGCCUUUGGGACUGGUGCGCCUGGUGGUACAACCCAGCAGACAUUCUCGUUCGGACAACCUGCUGCAUCAACGGCAGUCACAAGCGCUGCCCCUGCAACAGGGGGUCUCUUUGGUGCGAACACGUCAGGGCAAGCUGCAGGUGCAGCGCCAGGUGGUCUUUUUGGGGCGCAGCCACAGCAGCAGCCAACGACGUCGACAUUUGGGACUACGGCGAAGCCGCUCUUCGGCCAGGUUGCCGCAAAACAACCGCAGCAGCAGGGAAGCAGUUUGUUUAACUUUGGACAACCGAAUCAACAGCAGCAGCCACAGCAGCCAGGGCAACAACAGACAGGCGGAGGAUUGUUUGGUGGACCAUCAUUAUUCGGUGCCUCGACCGCCGCCGGUGCCAGCGCACCCAUUGGCGGGCUCUUCGGGCAGCCUGCUCAGCAGCAGCAGCAGCAACCCCAGCAAGGUGGAGGUCUGUUCUCUGCAUUUGGACAGAGAAGCCUUGGUGUUCAGCCGCAACAGCAGCAACAGCAGUUGGGGCAGUCUCAAUUCGGACAGCCGCAACUUGGACAAUCCCAGCUUGGAACUUCACAGCUUGGCCAGCAGGUGCACCAAGGCGGGUCGCACCUCACAACGCCGUUCGCACAGCAUCCCUUCUAUCAAAAAGAACGGUACAAUGACUUGCCUGUACAAGCCAAGCAGAUGGUGGAACAACUAGAUACAUUCAUACAAUGUCAAACGAAGCUGCGAGAUGAACUCAAGUCGGCAGAUCUGGGCGCUGAGGUAGCGAAAAGCUCGCAAGGGAUCCGACAUAUCCGAUCAGAGCUCAAGUCGCUCGCUAUGAUGAUAGAGAGCGAUCUGCUCGUCAGCAAAGACUUGCAAGAUCAUGCAGAAAUGGACAGAGCGGAUAGCAAUACCCUCUUCGAGAUCGCGCGCAACUUUCACCAUGGCGGGGACAAUGAUCAUCUGCGGAUGUUCCCUCGCAUGUACUUCUCCCGUGCUGCGGCAGAGUUCUCCGAGCGCGUGCAGCGCUAUCGAGCGACAGUCGAAGGCAUCGAGCGGCAGAUAUCCUCGAUCGGGCAUCGCGAUGAGCACUCUCCACAAGCGAUCGAAAACGCUAUUCAUGCGCAAAAUACAAGUUUCAUGGCCCUUGCUGCGCAAGUUGCUGCGAUCCAUUCGGAAAUUGAAAAGCUGAGGGACGACUACACACGAUGGUAUCAGCAACAGCACCAGUCUGCGCGAGAUCCAUUUUCCAUGAAGGGCCUAGGUACCGCUGUAACUUCAUCAUGAUAGCAUGCAAGUUGCAAUAGGAAGUGU